UGAAAGCCAGACAGCGAGACAGCGGGCUGCAGUCCAGACCGUCUCUCCGUGUCUCUGCAAAGAAAAUUACACGUUAUCCAGCAGCCGAGUCUCCGCCGAACACCGAGCGUCGAUAUGUCUGCUGCCAGCUGUCUGCUGACUGAAGAUCAGUUCCUGUGCUCCAUCUGUCUGGAGGUUUUCACGGAUCCAGUCAGCACACCAUGUGGACACAACUUCUGUAAAACCUGCAUCACUCAACACUGGAAUAUUAAUAAACCAUGUCAGUGUCCCAACUGUAAGAAGGAUUUCAACAUCAAACCUGAGCUGCAGGUCAACACUUUCAUCUCAGAGAUGGCUGCUCAGUUCAGACAGGAAGCAAAAGACGUUCCUGUCUACUCAGGACUCAAAAAGAAGACCUGGAUGGUCUUCCUGCUGGGUCUGAUGUGUGUCUUCGUGGCCUGGAUGGUGUCCGAACAGAAGAAACAUUUUGCUCUUCUGAAAGAUGAAUGUGAAGCACAGAAGGCCGAGCUGUGCAAGACACAGUCUGAAAUACAACAGAUGAUCCAGAAGGAGAUCAAACACUCAAUGGAGCUCAGUAAGGAAGACACAGACAGACUGAUCUUCAGCGCUCUGAAGGAGUCUGUUCAGAAAAUCCAGGCCGAGCUCAUCGAGAAGGUCAAAGAGAAGCAGAGAACAACAGAGAAACUGUCCGAAGGCUUCUUCAAAGAUCUGAAACAGGAAGUCUCUGAGCUGCGGGAGAGAAGCACUGAGGUGGAGCAGCUCUACAAGGCUCAGCUGAAAAAACUCAGUAACCAGAUCCUGAAUCUGCUCCCUGAGUCUGAUCUGAGGAGGGUCCAGCAGCAUGAAGUGGAUGUGACUCUUGAUCCUGACACAGCACAUCCUAGACUCAUCCUGUCUGAGGAUGGAAAGCGAGUACAUGACAGUGAUGUGAGGAAGAAUCUCACAGACAACCCAGAAAGAUAUGAGAAACAUGUUUUUGUCUUAGCAAAGCAGAGUAUUUCUUCAGGAACGUUUUAUUUCGAAGUUCAGGUUAAAGGAAAGACUGAGUGGUUAUUAGGAGUGGCCAGAGAGUCGGUCAACAGGAAGGGGGACAUCACACUGAGUCCUGAGGACGGUUACUGGGUGAUCUGGUUGAGGAAUGACAGUGAGUACUCAGCUGCUGCUGGACCUAAUGUCCAUCUGUCUCCGAAGUCUCCUCCUCAGAAGGUGGGGGUGUUUGUGGAUUAUGAGGGGGGUCUGGUCUCCUUUUAUGACGUUGAUGCUGAAUCUCUUAUCUACUCCUUUACUGGCUGCUCCUUCACUGAGAAACUCUUCCCAUUCUUCAGUCCCAGUCUUAAUGACGGUGGUAAAAACUCUGCCCCUCUGAUCAUCUCUCCUGCCAGUCACUGAGGAGAA